AGAGAGAUUGGUCUUCGAGGUUAAACGGACGGGCCAUCGUUUGCUCGGGUCGCGACGAACUCGACGAAAAACGACAAUGGAGAGCGCCCUUGCCUCGGCCGCUUCCAUCGCCGACCAAAGACACAAGAUCGAGCAGUACAAGCUCAUUCUCGCAUCAGUUCUCUCCUCGUCCACCGGCGUCUCACAAGCAAAGCGUUUCAUCGAUCACAUGGUCUCGGACGAGGUUCCGCUGGUGGUCUCUAGGCAGUUGCUACAGACCUUCGCUCAGGAGUUGGGCAGGCUCGAGGUAGACAUCCAGAAGGAGAUCGCUCAUUAUGCUCUGGCUCAGAUUCAACCGAGGGUCGUGUCAUUCGAGGAACAGGUGCUGAUCAUCAGAGAGAAACUGGCUGAACUCUAUGAGUCUGAACAACAGUGGUCAAAAGCAGCACAGAUGUUGAGUGGGAUUGAUUUGGAUUCUGGAAUUAGGAUGCUUGACGAUAUCUAUAAGCUCUCAAAAUGUGUCCAAAUUGCUCGCCUUUAUCUUGAGGAUGAUGAUGCUGUUAAUGCAGAGGCUUUUAUUAACAAAGCUUCUUUCUUAGUCAGCAAUAGUCAGCAUGAAGUGUUAAACUUACAAUAUAAGGUUUGUUAUGCUAGGAUACUGGAUUUGAAGAGGAAGUUUUUGGAAGCUGCACUUCGUUAUUAUGAUAUUUCCCAGAUUGAGAAACGUCAAAUUGGUGAUGAGGAGAUUGAUGAGGAUGCACUGGAACAAUCUCUCAGUGCUGCUGUGACAUGUACAAUAUUGGCUGCUGCUGGACCUCAGCGAUCCCGCGUUCUUGCUAACUUGUAUAAGGAUGAGAGGUGCUCAAAACUGAAAGUUUAUCCUAUUCUGCAGAAGGUGAAUCUUGAGAGAAUUUUGAGGAAACCAGAAAUUGAUGCAUUUGCAAAGGAGCUGAAAGCACAUCAGAAAGCUCUUUUACCAGAUAACUUUACAGUGUUGGAUCGUGCAAUGAUUGAGCACAAUCUCCUGAGUGCCAGCAAAUUAUACACAAAUAUAAGCUUUGAGGAAUUAGGAGCUUUAUUAGGAAUUCCCCCACAAAAGUCUAUGAGUACGAGUGGUGGGAUGAAAUGAUAGAGAAGAUGAGGGUUGCUAUCUCGAAGGUGCCUCACAUUGGAGAUUCAAAGUUUUAUGAGGUUGUUCAUGAUGUUUUGGUAGAGUGUUCGAAUAAAAGCAACAUGCCUCCAUUGUUUGGUGCAUUCUUUGAAUCUGAGGUAAAACUCAAAAAUUUUAACUUUCUAUGUUUUAGAAAAUUAAAAAUAUUAGUUCAUGUUUAACUAGCAAUUUUUUUAUAUAGGUAUUAUAGGAAUGAGUGGCUCCCUGAAUCUCCCAAUUGUCUUCUUCCUCAUAGGGACAUCGAAGUAUCAAGGGAAAGGAAAAAAUGUUGAAAGAUAUUACUCCAAUUCAUCAGAAUGAAGAAGGGUCAAUGAAUUUGCCUCUUUUUCAGUCGCCGUUGAUGAUUUUUCCGAUAAUGAUGCAAUGCGCGACCGUGGUUUGAUGUCUCCAACUAAGAAUAUUCAAGAUUGACACAUCCAUAAUAAAUGAAAAUAAAUUAGAAAUAUUUAAGAUCACGCAUCUGCAAAUUUAAUUUUUAUCGCAAUUAACAUUUUCUAUUUUGGUAUUAAAUAGGAAUAAUUAUAAUCCCUAUUAAGAUUAAUAUAUAUUUUUAUUUAGAAUAUUUAUUUUGAUAUUUGUUGUCGAUUAAUCUAAAAAAGAAGUCUAGAGUCUUUAUUUAAAUGAAUAAUAACAUUUUCAAUUUAAUUUCUGUGGGAGACAUGGAGAGUUUUUUCUCUGGGUGAGGAUAUUUUCUUCUUUGCUUCAUCAACUUCAUCCAAGUUCUUGAAUUGUUUGAUGGUUCAACUUUUGGUAUUGGGUCAAAAACUUCUGUAUCUAUUGAGUUGAUCUUGCUAGAACUAUGAGAUGAUACUAAAAUUUUGGAAAGAAUUGUCUAAUAGUCAAAUUCUGACUAUUUAAUAGUCGGAUGAUGAAUAAAUGUAAGUGGAAAUUGAAUUCCAACAUCAAGGACCAUUUGGAAAAUGAUUUUGCAACUUGGUAGAGGAAUGUAGGUUCCUUUUUGUUGGAGAAGUUGUGUGCAAAAGGUAGGAAUUUGCUAUGUGACACAUGAUCUUAAUUCUCCCAAGUUUUGCCUGACUUCGAAUCAACCUUUUCCCGAUCGUCCUUAUUUUAUCUUGGGUCAGGUGCAGGCAUACAGUCUCGAAAGGUUCUAGUUGUUUCAUCUGAACAAUAGAUGCAAAUCAGAUGAAUUUGGGAUUCAGUUGGCUUGUGAAGGUAGGUCCAUUUAGUUAAUGUAGUUCAUAAGAAAAUUGAGACAUGUACACUGUUGCUCAGUGCAUGCAAAAUUUGUGCAGGAUCAUGUCAAAAAAUUGAACUGAUUUGUGGAAAAUAGUGAGAAAGGAUUAUUGAAGUAGCAAACAUGUGGGAGGUGAGAGUUCAAUUAAAGAGUCAGGUGAUAGUUGAAUAUUAGAAAGUCUGGGAGAAAGCUUUUGUAGUAUAAAAGAGUAACAAUUUCUUUUGAACGUGAUUCAAUCUGCGCAAAUUUAACCUAGUCAAUAAGAAGCUGACAUGUGUCUAGGCAGUUCUCAAUUAACAGCUGAAAUUCGUUACAAGUACAAGAUGGAGCUACUUGGACAAUUUGGCCAUGCAUUGAAUCUUUAAUAUUCACUUUGAAACCUAUAAAAAGGGGGUCAUAACUUCAUGAGAAGGAGACUAUAGGGAAUGUAUCGAAAUACCUGCUACAAUUUUUCAGAAAGCUCUUGGCGACAAACUUCUCAUCACCUUGGACAUGCUACUCCACUUUGAUCUAGCUCACCCUCCACUUCAAUCCACUUAGUGCUAAAGAUUGCUUGGCCAAACCUAACCUGACUCCACCCCCAUUUUAAGUAGUUUGAUCAAAUUGAACCUAUCACUCCACUCAACCCGCCCUAUUUGUCCCGAGUUGAUCCCAUCUAGCUAACUUUCCUCGACUGGGGGUUGAGUUUGUCGAAGCAGCUAUCAUACAUCUAGAUUGCAAUAAUUUUCAUCCUAACACUGCCUAAAAGAGUGUUUAAUGGGUUUCAUGAAGUAUGUUUUAUUUGCUUUCUAAUGAAAGUUUCAUUUUGCUCUUCCACCCAAGCAAAAAAAUCAGAGAUUUUUUUUCUUUUUCAUUAUCUUUCUUUAUUUCUUUCACUACUUCAUUCCCUUAGACAGUCUUAGAAAAAAUAUUGGCAUUAUAUUCUCCAUGCUCAGAUUAUUUCUUGGCUCUUCUGUUAAUAUGAAACAAUCUGUUGAAUAUGUGCUGCUACUGAGAACUCUAUAGUUACUUGUGUUUCUAUUAUAUUGCAGAGCACUCACUACCUUGAUCCUAAUGCUAAAUUGCAGUGCAAUGUGGUUCCAUUCUUAGUAAUGUUGUCAGAAAUUGU